GUCGAUCCGUACAUGAGGCGCACGUGACCUGGGGAUGACCUCUGCAGGGUCUCACCCACUCGCUACCGUAUGACCACAUCAACUCAAGAUACCGGCGUUUCUACCCAAUGGACAUUCCCUGUCGACGCUCUGCAGCAUAUGCCGAGUGUAGAGACGUCAAACUAUACAAUUGGGAAAGAACUGUAUGACCGUGCCAGGGGUGUCGAGUUCUUGUUUCGCCUUGGCUCUUCCCUCGGAUUACCUUCAUCAGCAAUGUUCACUGCCGCAACCUGGUUCCAUCGCUUCUUCAUGAGGUUCUCCAUGGAGGAUUAUCACAGACAAGAUAUUGCUGCUGCCUGCAUAUUUCUCGCCACAAAGACGGAGGAGUGUGGCAGAAAGCUACGUGAUGUUGCACGGGUAUUUCAGUCCAAAAUCACCGGUGUCGAUGUGGCGCAUAUCCCCAAUGAGAGCUUGGAGGUCGAGAACCAGCAGACUGCUAUCUUGCUUGCUGAGGAAAUUUUACUUGAGGCAUUAUGCUUCGACUUCGUAACGAUCAGCCCGCAUUUUAUUCUGGUGGAACUCUUUGAUGCUGGGCAAACCAACACAAAAGUUCAGGAUUAUGCAUGGAGUAUUGCUCAUGAUUCGUAUCGGACCCCGCUAUGUAUACUGUUUGGCCCUCGUAUUAUUGCAGCGGCGUGCAUCAUAUUGGCACAGCGUGCAGCGGAUGGACUGCACUCACCCUCCUUGGAUGCUCGCAUAUCCCUCUCCCCACCUUCCGCAUCUCUCCCAACUCCACCCUCCCACAAACCGGCUUCUCCAGACGUAUCAAGGUUUGCAGUCGAGUAUUUUGGUUUCGACGAGACGGAUCUACGGCAUGUCACCGAUGCUCUCACCAUACUGCUUGACUUCUACGCUGCACAAGACUUACACAGCAAUCCCUACAUAUCGCUGCUAGCGUCGAUACAACCUCCGACGCAUGGCCGGCAAUUAAAACUUUAUGAACCUUUUGCGCAGCUUUUGCCUCCAGUCCCUCCGGUCACGAAUGAUGGUCAGACACCAGAAUCUUCUCAAUAUGCAACCUCAGCACCAUUAACCCCGUCCCACUCGAGUUCAACGACGAAACCAGCACCGGAUUCUCCGGGAUCUCAUCCGAGAAUUCCCUCUCGAAGAGGCCUCAGUUGAAGGCACUCUACGGUGAAAUCGGCCUCGCGAAAUGCUUCCGGUCGACAGUACACCACUCGGAGACGCUGGUCCGGCCUGUGUGUGGGUCUGGCCUUGGGGGUUGAGCAAAGAUCGCAUUUUGAGUAUAACUAUCCAACUUGAGCUCUCUAUGUAGUGACUCGAAGGCUGAAGCGUAGGGGUCGUUAUUCGGCAAUCGGCCCAGUCGCUAUUGGUACACAAGCACGGCCAUC